GUCUUCGUCUUCUGGGAGGUGUUCGUAGGUCAUAUAAAUUCAAAUUCUUGCGGUGUCGAGGUCUGCGUUCUAUUUCUCAAUCCUCUCUGGAAAAUGGCUGAAUCUAUGAGCAUGGGUGCAUCGAUUAGGAAGUGGGUGGUGGAGAACAAGCUUCGAUCUGUUGGAUGUUUAUGGCUUAGCGGAAUCGGGGGUUCAAUUGCCUACAACUGGUCUCAACCCGGUAUGAAGACCAGCGUCAAGAUCAUCCACGCUAGGUUGCACGCUCAGGCUUUGACGCUGGCUGCAUUGGCGGGGGCUGCUGCGGUGGAGUACUAUGACAGAUCGGUGAAGAAGACAGAUGAAAUGACGCACUCCGCUUAGAUUAAUCCAUUUUUCAGCAAAUGAAUUCCCUACCCUUGGAAUUUGGAUGGAAGAAAUCAACUCUUCUCUCUCCGCAUUCAUUUGUUGAUCUUGAAUCUUUGCUUAGGAGCCUCUACCUUUAAUUAUUGGUGGGCUGUUGGGAAUAUUUUGUUUGGCCGCCCAUAUGGUUUGUCCUGUAUUUUUUUUUAAAUUUAAUUAAUGUCAUUUUCCCAUGUGGUUGGGAAUAUUUUAUUAUUAAA